AUGAUUCGGCAAAGGGUUGCUGCAGCUGCUCAUCCUGCUUGUUCUUCCUUACUCCUCCUUGCGACCAAAAGGGUGUUGCCUUGGAAAUGGACUUCCUUGCUCCUUGAAGCAUUCACGAAGUCGAAUGCAAUUCUCGCACAUCUCAUGGAUCUCUGCCUUGAUUGUGACCCCAUCAUCUUCUUUGAACUCAUAAGGUCUGAUUGUUUAUUUGGAGGUCUUAUCAGGGGACCAGAUGGGCUUGAAAUCUUAGGUAAGCCAACCGAAGAGGAAAAGCGCGGUGGAAGCUACAAUUUCUUUGUCCAGUUGAUGGAUGAAGCUAGAGGAUUGGACAAGAUCAAGGAUUUGCAGAGCCAUGAAAAUGAUGCAAUCCGUACAAAAGCAUUGAAGAUAUGGAACCCGUUAUAUCGUGAGGCACUAAGGGUAUGGCAUUUUUUUGAAGUGUUGGGAGACAUGAAACAGAAGACGAGUAGAAUGGUGGUGUUGGAUUCAGAUACUCGUAGGUUCACAUCUGAAGAAGUUUCUGGCCAAAAUCAAGUUAAGGCAUCUGUGCAACGUAAAAUUCGUCAAAGUAUUGCUGAAGAGUAUCCAGGACUUGAACCGGUAUUGGAUGAUUUGCUUCCAAAGAAAUCACCUCUUAUUGUUGCAAAAUGCCCAAAUCAUCUGAAUCUUGUCAUUGUGAACAAUACACCACUUUUUUUCAACAUACGUGAUGGGCCGUAUAUGCCAACCCUUCGCCUUCUUCAUCAAUAUCCAAAUAUCAUGAAAAAACUGCAAGUUGAUAGAGGUGCAAUUAAACAUGUCCUGGCUGGUGCCAACAUAAUGUGUCCUGGGCUUACUUCUCCUGGAGGUGCUUUGGAUGAGGAAGUGGGAGCCGAAGCUCCUGUGGCUAUAAUGGCUGAAGGGAAGCAACAUGCUCUUGCUAUUGGUUUUACUAAAAUGUCGGCGAAAGAUAUAAAGUCAAUCAACAAAGGAAUUGGUGUGGAUAACAUGCAUUACCUUAAUGAUGGACUCUGGAAGAUGGAACACUUAGAUUGA